UUCGGGAAGGGGAGGGGUCGUCAGCCGCGUCAGAUCACCGCCUGGCGUGGCGUCCACAAUCCCAUACCUGGGUCCCACCUGAUGACGCAAUCCACCGCCUAUCGGCGUUGCCGGAAAUGAAUAUAUUUCUCCGAAAGAGGAGAUAUAAACAAUAAUAUCCCAACGACGUCACCAGUCAUCCCCAGCUAGCAGUAACUUUCACCUCUUCAAUCGGUUCAGCUCAUACUCUUCUUGACUACACUGCUCUAUAACCAAGCAGAUUUUGAUAUUUCAAUUUUCAAGUAAUUUUCCACCAUUUCCGCCUGAUUGGAACCUCCGAGAGAAGUGGCUAUGGCGAUCGCCAACGCUUUCUUCAGUCCUGCUGCUACUGCUACCUUAGCACCUGUUCGAUCCAAGUUGUCCCAUUCCGAUUGUGACUUCUCUGCUUCUCACUUGAAUCUCUCCUUUUCCACCUCCUGGUCUAAACUCACCCGCGGGUUAUUUCAUUCCGGAAUCACUACCAAAAAGAAUAUUAGUUGUGCUUCAAUCGAUGGUGUGGAAUCAGUUAGUUCAGCCUCAUUGAAUUCAGAGAAGGAUAGAGAUGGUAUUCCUAUGCCUAUUGUUCUGAUAGAUCAAGAUUCUGACUCUGAUGCAACAAUAGUACAAGUUAGCUUUGGCGAUCGUCUUGGUGCUCUCAUUGACACGAUGAAGGCACUAAAAGAUCUUGAUUUGGAUGUUGUGAAAGGAACUGUUAACACUGAGGCCUCAGUGAUAGAAACAAAAUUUUUCAUCACACGUCUGGCAAGUGGACGCAAAGUUGAAGAUCCUGAUCUUCUGGAGAGAAUUCGUCUUACCAUUAUCAACAACCUGCUGAAGUAUCAUCCAGAGUCUAGGUGUCUUGCAAUGGGUGAGGCUUUCGGAAUAAAAGCACCGACAAAGAAGCAUGAUGUUGAUAUUGCUACUUGA